AUGGUGGUGCCCCAGCUACCCCCGGCCUUCAACACGUUCAACUCGUCGCAGGACUUCAAUACGAGCGGUAUCUCGUUCGAUGACGAGGGCGGCCGCUUUGUGGCGGGGGAGCAAUUUUACAACCACGAAAAGUACGGGAGUCUCCGCAAAGGAGGUGCUGUAGCCUUUCUGUCUAUGGAAUGCCUGGGUCUCGUAGCUGCUACUUUUACUUCCGUGUUGUCGUACCAAGCUCUGCUCGUGCUAGUGCAGCCAAUGUACAAGACCCAGUUGAGCCUAAGCUCGACGGAGAUUAUUGCUGUCGAGCGAUUAAUCAAGAUGCCUAUGGUGCUGAGUUUCCUGGUCGGUCUCCUGUCCGACUGCUACCCGAUCAUGGGUCUACGUCGUAAAGGUUACAUGAUCCUCGGGUGUGUCAUUAAUGCCGCCGCAGUGUUUGCUAUCGCCGGUGUAAGUGCAUAUCUUGGUAAUGAUGCGACCGCUAGUGAAGAUCUGGUGGUGCUCGCGCUCGUUCUAGUUGCUCUGGCUAGAAUCGGCUGCAUCAUCACCUACGUGUGCGUCCAAACUCGACUAGUCGAGUAUUCCCAGCGCGAAUCUCUGCGUGACCGCGGUGUAAUUCAAGUGUCGUAUUUGAUCUUCCGUCGCGUUGUGUCUAUCUUCACGUCGAUGUUGUCGUUUCUAGCUUUAGGCACAAAUUCGGAGCCAAACAUUUCGAUAUCGACAGCUUUGAUCAUCCUCGGAGUGACCUCGAUCCUACCGUUGCCGCUUGUUUUCCGCUACUGGAACGACGAAGCGCACUCGUUCAACGCGUCCAUGACGAUUCGCUAUCAAACUUUGUGGAAGAUCAUGCAGCAGAAGGCUGUGUGGCGGAUACUCGCCUUCAUUUGUUUUUUUACGUUGUUCUUAGGCAUCAAGUUUAGCGACUCGAUGGGUGUCAUUAGCAAGUGGGCAGGUGCCAAUCAGGACAACUCGCUUCUUGUAAAAACUAUCGAAGACUUUGUGAUGAUCGGCACUGUGCUCGUAUGGCGCUGCGUGUUCAUCAACCGUCUGUGGCCUACUUUCUUUGCGUUGGCGCCUGCUUUCCAGAUUUUACCCAACCUUUUCGUGUCACUAAUGGUAGCGCUCGACGUAGUGCGUAACCGCUACUUCUACCGAAUUUUCCAGACCGUGACGUACGUCGCGGAUGGUAUUGGUCUAUUAAAUUCGAUUGUACCCGUGACGGAGAUUGCUCAAGAGGGCUCCGAAGGUACUUUGGUGGGUCUCACACUCACUUUGCAACAUUGCGUGAACACUUUCAUCGCCUCAAAUGUUCACGGUCCUUUUCACGGAUCCAACUAUUACAGCACGGCCGCAGUAGCCUCUGACACGUCGGACGCGCGUUGGGAUGUAUUGUUGUCACUGUUCCUUAACUUCGCGUUGAAUGCUUUGGCUUGGGCUGGACUCUUUUUCCUCCCUUCUCAGAAGCUGGACGCGCAGCAGCUACGAAUGUACGGCGGGUUUACAAAGGGUGCCAGUGGUGGAAUCCUCGCCUUUGGUCUGGUACUGUUUAUCUAUUCGUUAGUGGUAUCCCUCAUGACGCUCAUCCCGUCCACCUCGUGUGUCACCUUUGUCGGUGGCACCGGCUGCUAG